AUGUCCAGUACCUUGAAGCUAGGUUUGGCGCAUAUGGUCUAUAUGUUCUGGACGAUUCAUCGCCUGGUGGACACAGGCGGCAUACCUGAUUCAUGGUUUAAGGUCGUCCGUGAAGAACUGGAUACAUUUAAAACCUCACAUCCAGAAUUUAUUGGCUAUAGAGAUAUAAUCGCUGGAAAAAGAUUUCAGAGUAGGGAAAAAGUAAUGAACAGCAUCGAUCUCGCUACAAGGCUACGAAAUAAGUAUCCGGAUAUUGUCUCUGGAUUCGAUCUAGUUGCUGAAGAGGAUAAAGGUUAUUCACUUCUUCAUUUCAUUGACGAUCUUGCCGCGGCAGGCAACCAGAGUGUCCAGUUUUACUUUCACAAUGCUGAAACCAACUGGCCGGAUGAUAUAUUGGCUUCUACAAACCCUGACGACGAGGUUUCAGCGCUACAGAAUGUCUAUGAAGCUUUAAUUCUUAAUACUAAACGAGUUGGACACGGUCUCGGCUUUAUAAAACAUCCCUAUCUCAUGCAGGAAUUGAAAGAAAGGCGAAUCGCCAUUGAAGCCAAUCCAGUAAGUAACAUGCUGCUAGGAUACGUCACAGAUCAGCGUCACCAUCCAGCAAUAACCUAUAUUCGGUCUGGAAUACCAGUUAUCAUGGGGGCAGAUGAUCCAGGCGCAAUGGGAUAUAACGAGUUCACGGUAGACUGGUAUGAAGCAUUUAUGGCUUGGGGAUUGAAUUUGAAGGACUUGAAACAACUUGCAUUGAACUCAUUGACUUACAGCACCAUGAAUCAAAGUGAAAGAAAAGCGGCACUACAAAAAUGGCAAAGGGCCUGGGACAUAUUUAUUACGGACAUGAAAAGCGAAGCUUGUAGUUUGCAAACUAGCUCAGCAGAUCCAGAGGUGUUUAGAAUAUUUCCCAAUGCAGGGCCACUAAACGAGGUCAUAAAUGUCCGAGUGUUUGGUAGAAGGUUUCACAGAGCAAUUUGCAAAGAUAUUGUCUGUCAAUUUGGAGAAAAGAAUACAACCGGGGAGUAUGUUCACACAACCAUGGCCAAAUGCCCAACGCCAGAUACGUAUAGUAGGAACCAGACGGUUGAAUUCAAGAUUUCAUUCGACUCGGGAAAUACAUUACUGAAUGGAAAUGACACAAUCCUUAUUUUUACAUUUUCAGAAAGCAUAGCGUCAGGCGGUUAUUCCUGCUUAGGCCUUUUUCCCAACAUUAUUGUUACUUCUUUCCUUAACUUCAUUAAUUACGUUUUAGAUCUAGAGUCGUCUAAAAACCUGUGUCAAAAAUAUUUACAAUAUGUUUCGUAUAAUUGCAGUGUUGCAAAUGGUGGUCAUUAAACUGUUCAUUUUUUGUCAUUAAUUGUUGUUAACAGUACCAUAUUAUACAAACAACAGUUUCAUAUACACAGUACUGUCAUAUCGAUAUCUUAAUUAAAAUAAGAUAUAGAGAUAAUUUUGAAAUCAAAAGUUUCUAAUUUAGAAUGGCGACAAAGUACAUUUUGUAACACAGUACAAAUACAAUACAAAAUAUACAAACACACGUGAAAAGAGAAUAUACAUAGCCAUGUUUAUUUGUUUACACCUCAAUUUCCAUUCCUUAAAAUAACUGCCUUUCGGCAAUUGCGAAUGUUUUCCGAUCAACUCAGCAUCU